CCCUUCUGUAUAUCAUCUAAUUACCUACUAUAGGCACCACCAUCUCUUCUUCUUAAUGUUGAUCUCGUCUCUCCCCUCUCCCCUCCCCAUCUCAUUGCUCAUCCUCUGCUCAUACCAUCCCAUCCCAUCCUAUCCCUUGCAUUGUACUACUCUGCAAUAUAGCCCUUUGUGCGGCACCUGCUGAAGCGAGCUAGCUAAGUCGAACAAAGAGCUGCAAUCUAGCCUGACACAAUCCCAAGCCUCCUCGUCAUCGCUGCAGAUCAACGUCAACGUCAACAAGCUUUUGAAACAGCCGACCUACCGUACGUGCUUCUUUCCCCUCACCUUGGUCCUCAUCUUGAAACAAUUCCCUUGUUGUCCAGCCAAACCCUGCAACCAGCGUUAUUCACUUUUUGAAACAAGCGAUAAAGCGUGCCGAGGAUAUAUUCGCUGACUCCAGAAUUAGCACAACUGAUUCGAUCCCGAUCCUGCCAAUUACCAUACUGAACGAGAGAAAAAAGAUAGAUCGUCAGCGAAAUGGCGCGAUCAAACGCUGCUCUCGCGCCGCUAUCUCUCAUCUUCCUCGGCGGUGCGACCGUGCUACUCUUUUUCGUCGUCCUGUCUGGCAUAACAAGAACGUCACCCCUGCGGCAAACAUACUUCUUAUCCGCCGACACCUCGGGUAUUAGCGGGGCUCGCGACGUAUCGCAAUGGACCUACUUCCGCAUCUGCGGCGCGGGUAACGUCGACUGCAGCCGUGCCUGGCCCGACCCCCCGGUUGGUUAUGCCUGGGAUGGGAACCCGACAGGGGCCAACCUACCAGAACGCCUUAUCGGGUCGUACGGCGGCAAUACCACUAGCCAGACCUACUACUACCUAUGGCGGUUCGGUUGGGUCUUCUACCUACUAUCUCUCUUCUUUACCGUUGUCGCCUUUUUCUCGGGCUUCGUGGCCUGCUGCGGACGUCUUGGUUCCGCUAUUGCCGGCUUUAUGUCCCUUGUAGCCCUCUUCUUCCACACUGUUGCGGCGGCCUUGAUGACGGCUACUUUCGUGCGGAUGCGCGAUCAAUUCAAUUCAGUGGGCCGCGACGCGCGCAUCGGAACAUACGCUUUCGGCUUCACUUGGGGAGCGUGGGCUGCGCUCUUCAUCGCUACGGUGCUAUUCUGCAUCGGGAUUCGCGGCAAGAAAGACAACUAUUCCUCCGGUGGCUCGCGAUGGGGUCGCAAGAGAAGCGUGCGAAGCCGUCGGAGCUACGACAUCGGCAGCCACCGUGUCAAGGAAGAUUACGCCUAAACCACUCAUAAUAGACUCUCGCCACUACGAAGGAUGCAAAGGACUGAAUUUUCUUUGCAAAUAGACAAGAUAAUGACUACUGGGGAUGACCUAGGGGAACGGAGCGAGAUGAAGUGAUCUCUUAACGAUGAUGAAUAAUUUUAAUGUUUUUGCAAUUUAAUUUAGAGGCGGUAAUCGUAUAGUUACCUGCAUAUAAGCUUCUAUACCGCUAAUACGUACGCUAUGAGAUGAAUACACGUUCCAUUAUAUAA